AUGUCGGACGAGCCUGACAUCACGACGGCGCCCACGACUGCCACCUCACAAGAAUAUACCGGCGAACAAGAGUGCUUUCGCCUCUUCGACUUGCCACCAGAACUCGUCCUGCGUGUGCUCGAAUUCGCCGUCGUCAUCAGCACAAAAGCGAAGCCAUUACUGAUCGAUUCCUACUGGGGAUUCUCUUGGACUCCAUGUUUGAGCGCCGAGCAGCCAGCUAUCACGCGAAGCUGUCGGCUCCUUCGCGAGGAGGGUCUGAAGCUCUUCUACACUCGAAACAUCUUUCUUGGUGCUAGCAGCGAUGAAGGCGCUUCAACGUUCUGGCGUUGGGCUAAAUGUCUAGGCCAGCAGAAUCUCCAGCGCAUUGACCGACUGUAUGUUGAAUGGGUGGGUGGCAGCGGAGAGGAAUUUUGCCAGUACCAAGGUGGCAAGCUGCUCGAUCUCGAAGAAGGCGAGAUGACUGCACGCGAACUUUUUGAGGAGGUUGUGUAUCUGGACAGCCGAAAUUACAACUUCAAGGGACCGAAACCUUGCUUCCUUCAACCAGAUCACGGUAAGAUAGUGUUGGAUGUGGCUUGGGAUCAUCCGCGCUAUCGUAUCUCGUUCAAAGACCAAGACAACGACGGAUCGCAGCUUUUGGUGGGCGGACUCGACCUGAUUACAGAUCAUGAUAUUUUCAGAGAUGGAGAUGCCGGCGACUUCUGGACUGCCGAGGAGAGAGAUCGAACGCAUAUCGAAUCGUGA